CUUCAAUCGAAAUAAAUUUAUAUUAUUUGUAUACAUAAAUGUUUAGCUUUUACCACUUUUACUUAAAUUUCAAAUAAAAUGGAUUUUAUUGAUGAUUUUAUAGAGGAAUAUAAAAACAAUCCAUGUCUCUGGAAAGCUGAUUGUACAAACUUUAAGAAUCGAACGAAACGACAGGAGGCUUAUUUAAAAUUAAUAGAAGUCGCAGCGAAGCACGGCGAACACUACAAUAUUGAAAGAACGAAGCAAAAAAUUAAUAAUUUGAGGUGUGCAUUUCGACAACAAUUGAAAAAAAUCAUUGAGUCAAAAAAUAAAGGAGAGAAAGAUGAGCCAUACUGUCCUAAACGAAGAUAUUUCGAAUCUUUGAUGUUUCUAAAAGAUGAAGAAAAUUUGGAAAGAAAAACAAAACGUUAUGGUGUAAUUGGUCCUUCAAAUGCGGAGGAUAUAGAAACGAGUACUUUAGAGCAGGACUGUAUGACCGAAGGCUUAAUUGAAACAAAUUUAGUCAAAAAUAAAUUAGCACAAAAUAUAUGUCCAGCUGAUGGAACUGAAACAGAUCAGGCUUCAAAAUCAAUUCAUCAAAAUGAAAUAUUAGAAGAGCAAGCAAUAGAAGAGAGUUUUACGGAAUAUAGUGACGAUGUAUAUAACAAAAUAAAUGAUUUAAUACCGCAAGAGAGUAAUUCUAAAGACCAAAAACUUUAUGAAAUCGAAAAGGAAACUUCUUUCAUUGUAGAAUCGAGUAGUAGCCGAAAACGGUCCUCAUCUACAUCUUCUUUGUUAUCAAAGGAAGCUGAGCCGACUAGCAAAAAGAUUAAAAUGGAAGCAUCAUCGCUUGACCUGGCAAAAAUAUUGUCGGUUUCUUGCAAAAGUCAUAACAACAUUGAAGACCAUUACACCUAUUUGGGAAAGAUUAUUGCGCAUAAACUUCGAACAAUGGAUACAUCUCAGGCUAUAUAUGCAGAGAAAAUUAUCACAGAUGUUUUGUUUCACGGUCAAAUGAAAAUGUUGUCUGUAGCGAGCAUAAACCAGUUCUUAAAUGUAAAUUUUUCAGAUAUAUGCGAAUCAGUUCGCUGUAACAAAUAAAUUUCUUAAGAUAAAUC